GUCAAAGGGUUAACUAUACAAAAAGAAAAUCACAGGACUUUCGUGGAAAUUCAACAAGCACUCACGAGCUUUGUUGGUUAAUCCAUAUGAAAAAUGAAAAAUGCCACUCUACUUUUAUCUAAUAUUAUACGAGAUUCAAAAGGAAAGAUCAAUUUCCCUCGAAAAAGGAUCCACCAUAAAUUUUAACGAACCUCGAAAUUACUGGCCACGCCACUGUGUAAAAAGUAAUAAUUAUAGAGUCAAAAGAUAGGCAAGAUAAUGACAGGGAUAGGGAAAAGAGAAAAAACUGUUCUAAAGGAAUUAAGAGCCGUCCACUUCUCACGUACUCCGUCACGUUUCACAGAAAAUUACGCAAUAUUAAAUCAAUCCACGGGUUAAUUAUAUGACAUGUAAAUCACGAUACGACCCAUGACGAAGAAUGCUUGAGAGAGACGUGAUUAGCGAUGCAGUAAACAGAAACGAGUAAUUUUACACGAUCAUAGAGAAAACCACGAAUGAGAUACAAGGACGGAAGUAAACAUUGGUCGUUUAAAUAUUAGUCAAGGAAUAACAAACGAAAUCGAAUGAAUAAUUAUAUUUAGAAGUGUGUAUAUAUAUCGUUGCUGAAAUUUGGGGCUACAGAAAAUGAAAGUGAUCGAUUUAGUAAGUACCGAAAUUCUUAUUGUACGAUCAGAUGUUAAUGUUGAAGAAUUUCAGGUUCAAGAAUUCGAAAUUCUUUGAAUCUUUAAAUCGAACUGCACAUUUCAUAAUCGAUAUUCGUAUUGGAAUUUCAUGAUACAAUUCUAUUUACACGCCAUCUUCUUGAAGAAAUCAGUUCAUCUUCGACAUCGUUUUCUAAAUCUUCGCUAAAAUUAUAUACAGAUAAUAGGGAAUUCCAUAACCAAGUACCACGAAAGAUACUCAAGGGAAACUCCAAGAAAAAGGCCCACAAUUGCGUCCGAGGCGGUUGGCCUCACCAACAACUCUGCCAACAGCCUAGAACAAAACAAUUUCUUCUCCUACUUAGCACUCUCUUCUAUUAAACGUACCUGUUUUAAAUUCCUUGAAAACAAGAAACAUACCAACACUGGUCGCUGCGAGUCCUCCACUCGCUAUCUGAAACUUGGUGUAGCGAAACUCGUAUCUAUUAAAAAUUUGCACUUGCUAAUUACCGAUAAUAAUCGCCCGCGAUCCCGAAGAAUUCUUGCGAUCCACGGCUCCACGCCUUCGACGAGAACCGAACAUGGACGGAGAACCAAAUGGCGAACGGUUAGAGUCAGGGGCUACCAAAACGAUGGCCGGUCCAAUCGCGAAGCUGAGACGAAGCAGUCGCAAUCGAGAAUCCUACGACGAGAUCGUGGAACUCGAAGCGAAAUUGCGACGGGCGUACGUCGCCAAGGAACUUCGGGCACAGUUCGCGGAAAGGGAGACCGAGCGAUACAUCGAGAACGUACGAAAACAACACGCUGCGAAAGUGACGCGGCUCGAACAGCAGGCGGCUGUGGCGUGCGAUCAUCGUCGAAGAUCCGAAGAGCUUAAAAAUGCCGAAGAUUAUAGGAGACAGCUGACCGAGCAGAUAACGCGGAAAGAAGAAGAGAGGUGUAUCAUGGCGGAGGAAGCGCGAAGGGAAAGGGAAGUCUUAACGGAAGUCGAUCGAAUAAGGGAACAACGCGAAAAGUUUAAGGCGAAAGAGGCGAAGGAGGAACUGAUGGAGAUCAUGAAAAGGGAGCGUUUAAUUUUUCAGGAGAUGAAGGACAUCCGUUGCGAGGAGGAAAUGGAGGCUGAAGCGAAGAAGCUUCUCGAGUGCGAAAAAUAUUGGGAAGAGAUCGAUCGCCGAAGGCAGGAGGCCAAGAGACUUCGCGAAACACGAACGCAAGACAGGGAACGAAUAAUUGCCGAACUUGCGAGCGCGUUGACGAACGCGGAGAUUUUGAAGCGGGAAAAGGAGAGGCUGAUCGCUGAAUUGAUAACCGAGGACGUAAAAUGUGAACUGUUGCUGAAGGAGAAAGAGGAGAUCGUUAAGAGGGAAAAGAUGAGGGAAGAACUGGCAGCUAAUUUGGAGGAACAGAUCGUUUUCACGGAACAAUGUAAAUUGCGAUACCUAGAGCAGGAUAGAGCAUUCGCGGAAGAAAUCAUGAAGAAGAUUAUGGAGGACGAGAGAACUGCCAGACUCACCGCGGAGGCUAAACGAAGAAUGCAGUUACAGUAUAGGGAGGACUUGGUUCGGUUGAUCGAGAAAAGACGCCAGAUUCGCGACGAAGAAAUCAUCAACAUGAAGAUGGACGCCGAGGAACGAAGAAGACGCGAGAUGAUUUACAUGGAACACGUUAAAGAAGAGAGGAGACUAUUGUUGGAAAGACACGCGUCGAACGUUGGCGAUUUUCUUAAUAAAAGCGGUUUCACCGAAGAAGAGCAAGAGAUCAUUGCAAAAUCGUUGCAGGAGUCGAUGUAACAUAACGUGAACAAAUGUAUGGACAAUUUUUAGAUUAAUUACAGUGAGUAACUUAAAUAUUCGAAUGGAUACUUCAUUAUGAUAUUUGAGCCGUUCACUGGACAAAUCGAUUAACUCCACUUUUUAGCAAAUCUGAAAUUCAAGUGUCAAAGCACUUGGCAUAGUCGUAACUAGACUGCGGAUAUGUAUGCAUUUAAAGGAAAUUUGAAUGUGCAAGAAACUACAAAAUGCAAACAAUAUGCAAGAAUAUAAAAAAGAUUUAAAGUAAAGUUCAUGUUAUAAUAUUUGCUGAAUAGAAUAAAUUCCUAUUUAGGUUCAACUUUUGUAGGCACGUUCGCGAAGAUUUUAUUUUGCAUAAAGAUCCGCAGUCUAGUCAUAACUUUCGUGAAUAAUAGAGAUUAACACCAUUGAACGACAAACAUUAUUACAUCGCAUUAUUAUUAUUAUUUGUAAAUCAUUUCAUCGGAUUCCUUAACUUUUUGUUUUAUGGAGUCAAUCGAUUUGUGCAAUGAACGGCUCGUUUCAUUAUAACAUUGAUACAUUCACGACAGCUGACGUGAAUUCAGGUAACUUCAAAUUCUAUUCUUUUUAUCUUAUGAAAAACCUUUUUAUUUUAUACACUACAUAUUUACAACCUUGAUAUUUCAAAACAUAUUUUGUAAUUUUUAUCUCCGCCCUAACGAUACAAAUUCGCGAUGUCCAGCUUCAGAAUUUUCUUAUUUUCGUCAGAACUCGGUAUUAGAAACGUAAAAAAUCUAUCGGUCGCGAAUGUGUUAAGAAAUACUAUUGUAGAAAGAUUUUCAAUAUGAAAAAAACACAGUAAUUGUUUAUUUGUUGACUAAUAAAUGCAAAAUUUAAGUAAUCGCCUAUCAGACAAUCGAUUGGCCCUGGAUGCUGAAUUGUUUAUGAAAAUAGUCAUUGUUUUGAAUUUUCCACGUUGAAACAAUUAAAUAGUACGAUAAGCAUUGCAUAAAAUUAGGUGAAAUAGGUAUUACAACUCAGUGAAAUUGUAAAAUAUUCGAAUAUUAAAAUUGCUCCCUGUUUGUGAACAAAAAGAGUGCCAGAUCAUUAAAUUUCAUAUAUGGCGAUUAACAAACCUCGCAAACAUUAGAUAGUAAUAAUAAGGAUUCAUUGUUCAUCCUGCUCGCCUUUAAAAAAUUUCUUGAGUAAUGAUAAAUAAACUAUGUAUUUACAAGAUGUAUAAUUCGAUAUACACUACGGUGUGUACAUUUUUAUUCGUUGUUUGAAAUACAUUUCUAAUUUAUAGGGAGUGAAGCACUCGCUGAGGCCGUUUUAUUUAUCAUUGUCCGAGAAAUAAUAAUGAUACUAACGCGAAGGGUUGAAAGUAUCUUCUAAAAAUGCCCGAGGCAUGGCACUGAUUAAUCGGUAAUUUCACACCGACGACGAGAAUUAAUGAUCCAAGUUAAAUAAAACUCCAUCUUGUAGUUACUGCUGAUAUUACAACAAAACAAGUUCAUUACUAUCGCUCACCCUGGCGACUUGCAUUGUGUCCCAUGAAUAAAGACAAUGUACCGGGAAUCUAUAAAAAAAAAAACAACGUUUACAAACACGAGUGUUAGCGAAAAACUGAUUUAUUAAAGUCGAUAAGAGUAAAUUAAACGAGAAAGUCAAUCGCCUAUGUAUAAUGAAACCGAUUAUUUUUCUUUUGCUGUACGUAUUUGAUAUAUUUCAUUUUCUGCUUUGGGAUCAUUAAUCAAAGUGUCAGUUGUUAAACUUGAAAUCAGCGGCAAAUUGCCAGGCAAGGGAAGCCAGGGAACAUAAUCAGAGACAGAUCAGACAAGUGAAAUGUGUUUAAAAAAUAUCAGAGUCAUCAAUUAAUCGUGGAAAUUUUAUAACGUAAAAAUGCCACGAAUUAUGCGAAUAUGUAAUAUUGUAUUGCGAUAGGAGUGAUUACAAACUGUAACUAAACAUUUUGCUUAGCAUUUCAAUCGGUCGCGUCCAGAUACAUAUUCGAAAUUCCAGAGCAAUAUACUUGAAGGAUUUCCAUAAGAAAUUUAUCGUUGCAAUAUGUUCCGAGGAAAAGCUGAUUACAAGUAAAACUUUACGAGGUACAUGCAGGAGAGUGACGCUUCUACGUCAAAGGAUGUUGAAAAGUGGCCAAUUUUGGGGUAACUCAGGCAUUUAAAUAUUUCAUAAUAUGGUGGCACCAUUUUUAACCCUUUGCCCUCGGAGCUAUUUCGUUACAAAAUGUGCAAACAGGAAUCAUGUCGUAUUACAUAAUGUAACUUAUAGAACAUGAAUGAAUUAUCAGAAAAGGAGAAUGAAAAUUUUAUUUAAUAAUAUUCUUUCUUUUAAAAAACGAAUAUAAUAUCACUUACUAUGAUAAUAAUAACUUAGUUAUAAUAACUAAGUAACGCUGAUUACAAGUUUAACAAUUAAUAACUUAAUCUAUAUCGAAUCUUGGUGUUAUUAAGUGAAAAACGCUUUGAAUUCGCCUGGAUUAAACGUUCAUUAUACAGACUGAAUCACCCAAGAUUUGUUCUUUAAUAGACAACUGGACAAAUGGUUUCUAAUAUUGUGGCAUUUACAUGAUUAUAGUAUUUACUUAAAAUAUCUCAAUUGGUUUCAAUGAUUCGAAGACUAUGUCCUGCGUAUCCUCCUUUACCUUGAUUAUUAUUAUUUUGACAAAAAAACUUUGGUUUAAUAAAUUCCAAUUUUAAUUAACUUUAGGUUAUUAUAUUUUUAUAGGAAUUAUUUUGUUUGUACUGUUUGUAACUAUGUCUUAGUAUUCCUCCAAUGAAAUAUAUUCCAACGUUCUUCGUGAAUAUUAGUUUAAUAUCACUCUGCAUGUAAUGAUUCCAUGGAGCUUAGAAACAAUGGCAUAUCGAAGGUAUUCUUAAUUAUCUUUCUAACGUGGGAAUUUCAGUUUCACGAGGCGCCGUAGCAGGUACGAGAAGUUUAUUCUCGACAUCUGUCGGCAGGUGUUACAAAUUAUUAACACGUUCUACAAUAUAUUCUGUGAAAGGUUUCGUUCGAAAGAUUUAUGAGAAGCUUAAGUGCCUUGAGCUUGGAAUUGCGCGGAACGAACCAUUUCAAUGGAAACAUCUUGGUAUCUCCGUUGCAUAUGGUUAUAGAUGCAUAAAACCGAGCUAUGAAAAACAAUAUUCAAUCCCUUGGGACAAAAUGAAUAUUGAUCCUGUAUAUUUUCAGCCAGGAGUAAUGUAUUUUUAAACAAUUUUUACUUGUAAAUUCGAGUAACAAUUUCCGACCGGUUUCGUACUCGCUAAUUUGUAGGGAGUGAAAUGUUAGUAUAUUAAUUUAUUAACUGAAGCAUUAAGCCCGUUCUUACUUAAUGGAGCGAAUUAAACGACUGCUACGUACAUUAUCAGUCUUUGAGAUAUCCGAACGGGAUCGUUACAUUUAAUUAGCUUGAAAUUGAGUGUUGAAGUAAGUAACUCCUGUUUCAUUUAAUUAUGACUGUUUUAUCACCAUGUAAAAUGUCUUAUUAUGUUAAUUAGUAGGAAAAUGAGACAUAUAAAUAUUAUAAUGUAGUACCUACACUCACCAAUAUGAUUCAAAUUUUUAUUUUUAUUUAGAAAGUAAUAGGUAAGCAGUUUCUUAUCUUUUAUUCGUUAUUCGAAAUACAUUUCUAUUUUGCCACCAUAUAAAAUGUCAUAUUGCAUUAAUUAUUAAGAAAACAAGACAUAGAAACAUUAUAAAGUAUAAAUACACUUUUACAAA